CAUGAAGGGUAGUGGGACGCUACUUUUGUGAGAGAUGAGAGAAAGAGGGAGCAAGUGAAGAUGGUCGAAAACGGAUAUCGCGUCUCAUACGCGGGAGUCGCUCUGGUACUUUUGAAGGCAUCGCAUCUUUGAGGAAUUCUUGGGACAAUUAUUUAAUCUUAGAAAUAGCUGUGAACCAAUAUUCCUGAAAGAUGUCAAGGCACAUUCUUAGCAGGCCACGUACGCGUGUCUAUGGAUGCAAUUACGACAAGGGUGAAUCCUAUUAUAAGCCAAUGGUGGACCAUCUCGACCGGAAGUACAGUGGUCGUCCUCUAUUCUCCGAACCAAGAAAUUCAUUAGCCGAUGAAAUUGCGGCUCGCCGAAGUGACAUCGGGACCCGCGACCUUGCAGGGAGUCGGCAGUCGACCUCUGGUCGUGAAUUCGAACCCGAAUUCGAGCCCAGAUCCCGCACCAUACCAACAAUCAGCAACGAUCCUUUCUUUGACGAUGGAGAUGAAACUGUGUUCGACAUUCGAGGUCAACGAACAUCACGCACACGUCGACUUCCAUUGAGUGAAGAUUUUGCCAACGAGGUGGCAUCAACAACUCGAAAAUUAAAAUCACGCGUUGCUGCCUUCAAUCUCGAUGCAACUGAAGCUUUGGACGCUGAAAUUGGCCUCAAAUCACGAUCAGAGAAACUCUUCCACGAUACGGCAAAGUCAGCAAAAUCAGCAUUGGAAGAUGCUGAAAGUGCAUUUAGAAGACGUCCAAAAUUUCGAACUGACGAACCCGAUAUUCCCGAGGAGAGGCCAACGAGAUGGUCAAAACUUUUGGAUUCGUCGGAAAAUCUCGAGGAUUUUACAAGUGCUGCCGCCGGUAGAGCUAAAUUAACUAAGGCUAGACUUAAUGAUCUUGAAACUGAAAUGGAGGAAAUGGCCGAGAGACAAGCCAAAAGGGAACGAAGAGCCGCUGCUCUUAGGGCUCUUGUUAAUGAAAAUUCAAUGGCUGAUGAUAGCUUAUUAGCCUCGAGUAAUAUCAGUAGCAAAACUUCCAUGCGCUCCGAACGGGCCGAGAAACAUGUUAGCUUCUAAAUAUAUUAAGAAUUACAUCUCCAAUUUGGGGAUUUAUUGUAUAAUAAUUUAUUAAAAUGAUAAAUUGCUAA